AUGUCAUUUCCGUCGACUUUCCCUCGCCCUCAUAUUCUCUCCCACAGCGCUCUCACACUCUCUACCCCGGCGCCAUCGCAUUCCCUCACACUCAUCCCAUUUCCAGGUAAUGACCCAUCCCCAGCGCCCUCCCAUUCUCUACCCCAGCGCCCUCACUCUCCCGUCCACAGCGCCAUCACAAUCCCCUCCAGAUUGCCCCAAGCCCAUCGCGGAGCCUGCCCCAUCCCUCACCUCCCCAUCCGUCACCUCCCCAUCCCUCAUCUCCCCUCGCACACUUGUCACGCCCCCUUUCCAACCCGCACGUACACCCUUCCCUUCUUCCCUGUUUCCCCGUAUCCCCUGCGCUGCUUCCCCCCCAUCCUCCGACUUGCUUCCCCCCAUUUCCUUCCCUGCUUCCCCCCGUCCCCUCCCCUGCCUCCCCCCAUGCCCGUCCCUGCUUGCCCCCAUCCCUUCCCUGCUCCCCCCCAUCCCCUAACAUGCUUCCCCCCAUCCCCUUCCCUGCUUCCCCCCGUCCUCUUCCCUCCUUUCCCUCGUCCCCCUCCCACCAUCCCCCCAUCCCCUUCCCUGCUUCCCCCCAUCUCCUUCCCUGCUUCCCCCAUCUCAUUCCCUGCUCCCCCCCAUCCCCUUCCCUUCUUCCCCCCAUCCCCUUCCCUGCUCCCCCCCAUCCCCUUCCCUGCUUCCCCCCCCCCCAUCCCCUUCCCUGCUCCCCCCCAUCCCCUUCCCUGCUUCCCCCCGCCCCCUUCCCUCCUUUCCCCCGUCCCCCUCCUAGCAUCCCCCCAUCCCCUUCCCUGCUUCCCCCCAUCCCCGUCCCUGCUUGCCCCCAUCCCCUCCCCUCCUUCCCCCCGUCACCCCCCCGUCACCCUCCCUUCACCCUUGCUCCCUAGGUGUUUAGCACCAGAUGUGGCUUUACCACGGCCUGGUUUAUUGCUUGUAGUGUAG